AAUUUUUAGUUUCACUGUCAAAAAAAUAUUGUCAAAAUGUUCUCACAAUUUCUAUUUUUAUCACAUGCGGUGCUUUGGCAACUUGUUGCUACACAAAUGGAUAUGAAAGCUGACAAACAAUUCUUAAAGCCAAAGCGGUGUGAAAUAAGCAAUCAGACGAUAUAUGAUUUUCAAGUUCCAACGCUAACUGGUACACAAAAAAGCUUGGCAGAAUACCGCAACAAAGUUCUUCUACUUGUUAAUGUGGCUACUUAUUGUGCAUACACCUUACAAUACAAAGAUUUCAAUCCAAUACUCGACAAUAAUUCUAAUGGGACGCUCAAUAUUCUAGCAUUUCCAUGCAACCAAUUUUUCUUGCAAGAACCAGCAGAAAACCAUGAGUUGUUGAAUGGUUUGAAAUAUGUAAGACCAGGACAUGGCUGGGAACCGCACAAAAAUAUGCAUAUUUUUGGCAAGAUUGAAGUUAAUGGUGAAAAUAAUCAUCCGCUUUACAAAUUUUUGAAGGAAAGAUGUCCGCCAACGGUGCCAAUAAUUGGAAAACGUCACGAGCUGAUGUACGAUCCGAUCGGUACAAAUGAUGUCAUCUGGAAUUUUGAAAAAUUCUUAGUUGAUAAGAAAGGUCGCCCACGUUAUCGCUUUCAUCCGGAAAGUUGGAUUCAAGGAACUGCUAUAAAGCCGUACGUCGAUGAACUAGAGCGUGAAAAUUGACGAUUUUAUCCUGUCACUUUCAAACGUUUCGUAAUUUGUAAAAUUUUUCUACAUUUAUAUUCCUAUUGCAAUAAAAUCAGCAGUCUUCGAUCUUGCUUUAAUAAAUUCCCAA